AUGUUAUCUGCACGAGAAGUCUCUGGGCCUGAACAAACCGGCGGGCCCCGGCGGAGAGAAUCCCAGGAAACACGAUGGAACAAUCACGCCCCUGUCGACAAGGAUAAUUACAAGAGGGGCACAAUUGUGAACUUCCCUCAUGUGGUCCUUUGCGAAGCGAAUGACCCCAAUGCUGUCCAGACGCAGUUUGGCUGGUUUUGUUUCAAGACGAGAUACGGUAUCGUCAUCGACAACACCACCGAACUUGAGGUCCUAAAGCUCGGCACUUCCGGAGGACGCGGACCAUUAUCGAAGCCCAUACAAGUCCGCGUGGAUUGCUUCGGUCUCAAGAAAGCAGAAGAUGCAGAAUACUACUGCUGGGACGAAGAGCUGGGCAGUAAGGUCGCGUGCACCCCAGAAAAAGGCGUCUAUGACAUAGAAGUAGGUUGCCCAUACCAACCCAAGACGGGCGCCUUUGGAAAUGUCUUAGACGUUAUUCCCCUCCCACAUGACUCCCGUAUCGAAGUGUGCGGAGAGAUUAGGGAAGACGUCCUCAACGCGAUUCUUAAGAAGCGCAAUCGAAGGCUUCUACAGAAACAAAGCAGGAGCACCCCCAAAGACAUGUGGAUUGAGGAGUUGGAGGCACGUCUGGACAAAGACAAGCAUGCUCAGCAAGAUGCAGAUGACAAGGCCCGCCCAGAGCAGAUGAAGCAAGAUCAGCAGUCCAGUCAAAAUCGCCAACAGAGUGCUCAACUCCAGGACCAAGCAGCCAGGCCGAAGCGAUCAACGGCCGGCGCAACAGUUCGCGAUGGCGCGGCCCGUCUUACCAGCUUCCGCCUGACCGCGUUAACGGAGCUCGACGCUUUACAGGACCUGGUAGCAACGACGGUAGCAACCGCCCCCCGCAAAAUGCUCCACGACAACCACGCCGAGGCAACUCACGCCCUAGUCGACGGUCCUCUGGGAGCCAUGGUAACAUCAUUGAGGACCAGGCGCGAGCCAAUGGACGUCCAGAGCCGGCCCCAGGCAACGAUGAUCGAAGCACCGAGACCCGGCGGCCUCCCAAGGCUUGAUCGUACGCCGAGUCUACUUGAUCUGCUGCAUGGUGCCUUGGUCGAGGCGCAAGGCAGCCGUGGAGCGGACAUGUCUUCCGCAGCCAACCCGGCGUUUGACGACUACCAAUACCAGCCACUAGACCGUGCGACACAGCAAAUCCGACUUGUCACGCUUCUGGAUCCGCUGGUAAAUGACGAUGCUAUACGUCUCGACAUUGAAGUCUUCGAAAUCUCGGAAGCACCGCCAUACACAGCAUUGUCCUACGUUUGGGGUCCACCACCGUCGUAUAACGACAUCUACAUCGCGGACGGACGGCUUAGAAUCCGCGAAAACCUGUUCAAAUUUCUCACUGAGUUCCGAAAAUGCCGCGACAAGACGCCUUCGGAUCGCUACAUGUGGAUUCACCAGCUGUGCAUUGAUCAGUCGAGUACUGUUGAGCGCAACCACCAAGUUCAGAUGAUGAGCGACAUAUACAGCAAAGCUACGUCAGUCGUUGCUUGGUUGGGCGACGGCUCUGAGAAACCCAAUUCACAUACCAAAUGGCUCGCCGAGGGCGGAUACGACAAGUUCGAAAACACCGAAACAGAUCAGGAUCCUAGUGAAAGACAUGUGGCUGGUGGAUGGCACACGGAGACCGGAGUGUCAUUCUGA